AAGUCAAUCAUCAAUGAACAAAUCUAUACAAGGAUUCUGUUUUAAUUGCAGACAGAUGCAGGUUUAGAUUCCUAGAUUCCUAGAUUUAAGAUAUGUAUGUGGCGUUUAAACCCCUAAUUUUGGGCAUUUUUUGAAUGAAAUCAAUCCAAUGCAUUGGUGUUUGACAAAAAGAUUGAAUUAUUUGAUUAACAUUAGAAUCGAGUGUGAAUCUAGAUUGUGUCAUUUGUGUGGAUCUGAUUGUGAUGAGAACGCUUCCGGAAAGAUUAUUGUAUACGUUAGAGAGGAUCAAUUGGAGGGGGUUCGACGUCGGUGGCGCUAGGGUUUUUAUGUUUAAGAAGAAAUUAGGGGAUCAUUAUGCAGCUACACUUCUCACAUAGCAUGAGAAGUAUAACGAUAUCGAGCAACAAUGGGUUUACUGACUUGAUGAAGAUCAAAGUCGCAGCUCGCCAUAUUUCUUAUCGUACUAUAUUUCAUACCAUUCUCAUCCUCGCUUUCUUAUUGCCAUUUGUUUUCAUCCUCACUGCUCUUGUUACCUUGGAAGGUGUCAACAAGUGCUCAUCAAUUGAUUGUUUAGGCAGGCGUUUGGGACCAAAGCUUCUUGGGAGGGGUGAUGAUGCAGAUAGGUUUCUUAGAGACUUCCAUAAGAUCAUCAGUCAAGUGGAAUCUGAAGAAGUCCCAGAUGAUCUAAAGCUUCCUGAUAACUUUAAACAGCUUGUUUCAGAAAUGAAAAGCAACAAAUACAAAGCCAAGGAUUUUGCACUUAUAUUGAAAGGAAUGAUGGAAAGAUCUGAGAGGGAGAUCAGAGAAUCUAAAUUCCAAGAACUAAUGAACAAACACUUCGCAGCAACUUCUGUUCCCAAAGGCAUCCAUUGUCUCUCUUUGCGAUUGACCGAUGAGUACUCUUCUAAUGCUCAUGCACGAAAACAGUUGCCUUCACCAGAAUUACUCCCAGUUCUUUCUGAUAACUCCUACCACCACUUUAUUGUGUCUACUGACAAUAUCCUGGCAGCUUCCGUCGUGGUCAAUUCUGCCAUCCGAUCAUCUCUAAGGCCUGAGAAGAUUGUCUUCCAUGUAAUAACCGACAAGAAAACUUAUGCAGGCAUGCACUCAUGGUUUGCAUUAAAUCCCAUCUCCCCUAGCAUUGUCGAAGUGAAAGGAAUUCAUCAGUUUGACUGGUUGACAAGAGACAAUGUUCCUGUUCUUGAAGCCGUUGAAAAUCAUAAUGGAGUUCGAGAUUACUACCACGGGAAUCAUUUAGCCGGUGCCAAUCUCAGCGUUACCUCACCGAGAAUGUUUGCCUCCAAAUUGCAGGCUAGAAGCCCCAAGUACAUAUCACUGCUCAAUCAUCUUCGCAUAUACCUGCCUGAGCUCUUCCCGAACCUUGACAAGGUGGUUUUCUUGGAUGAUGAUAUUGUAAUUCAACGUGAUUUGUCUCCGCUUUGGGAUAUUGAUCUUGGUGGAAAGGUUAAUGGAGCAGUUGAAACCUGCAAAGGUGAAGACUCGUGGGUAAUGGGUAAGCGAUUCAAAAUCUACUUCAACUUUUCUCACCCACUUGUAGCGAAGAGUUUGGACCCUGAGGAAUGUGCUUGGGCUUUCGGGAUGAAUAUUUUCGACUUGCGGGAAUGGAGAAAGACUAAUAUAAGAGAAACAUAUCACGCAUGGUUGAAAGAGAAUCUAAAGUCAAACUUGACCUUAUGGAAGCUCGGAACACUACCCCCGGCCCUGAUUGCAUUUAGAGGUCAUGUUCAACCGAUUGACCCAUCAUGGCACAUGCUCGGGUUGGGCUACCAGCAAAACACAAGCAUCGAGAGCGUAAAGAAGGCUGCUGUCAUUCAUUACAACGGCCAAGCAAAACCAUGGCUAGAGAUCGGGUAUGAACAUCUUCGCCCUUUUUGGUCCAAAUACGUCAACUACUCCAAUGACUUUGUCAGUAGUUGUCACAUCUUGGAGCCGUAAAAUCACAUUGUGAACGGAAAAAAACCAGAAUUUUUUGUCAAACAUUCAUUUGACACGAUGGGGCUCGACACUGGACCUGCAUUACUAGCAGCAUUCUUUCGGUCUCCUUUCUUAUUUCGGACAAUAUUUUUGACCCUCCUGAAUGGGAGGGGCAAUUUGGGUAUACGUAAAAAUCGAUAGAAUGAAAUAAUAGGAAUUAAGUUUAAAAGAUGGGAUGAAGAAAUGCUGUGUGCCAAAUUAGCUUCAGAAGAUGCAUAUCCUUCUCAACUUUUAGCCCCCAACUAGAUGCAGAAAAUGAUAUGAUUCUUUAUUCCCAUAUAAAGUGUUUCUUUUAUAUGUUAUAUAUAAUUUGUGUCGAUUUCUAGGCCCCUAGACAGUUGAAAUUCGGAUCGGGGAACGUUAUUUUUAGGUUAUAUGUCAGUGUACGAUUAUUCAUGAGAAACAUUUCAAAUGUGCAGUAAAUUCUUUUUGAUCU